CGCCGCCGCCCCGCUCCGGCCCCCCCGCCCUUCCCGGGCAGGCCGCGCCUGGCGGUGCUGCGGCGGCUGCGAGCGCGGCGUUCCGGCUCCCUCAGCGCCAUGCGGCUCCUCGCCGGCGCCUCCUGCGCGCUGCGGGCGGCAGCGCUGCUGCUGCUGCUCACCCCCGGCUCCCAGAUGAACAUCUCCAGCAGUACUGCACCCUUCAGUACGGUUCCAGAUCCUAAGUUGCAAGGCAAUAACAGUUCAUUCAAUCUCACUGUUAUAUCAUUCACACAAUCUACAACAACAUCUGCAGUAGGUGUGUCAACCAAUACUACUCACCUGACCAGCCAGCCCACUAACACCACUAUGCCUGUCACCUUGACAACUCAGACCACCAAAACCAGCCAGACAACAAGGUCCACCACAGCUUCAUCAGUCACAUCAUCCCAACUCAACACCACAGUGGCCGUGACCACUUCCAAAAUUUCUUUGACUUCUGUAACAGCCACAUCAAAAUCUGAGGCUGUUGUACCCAAAACCUCCAGAUUUGAUGUGGGCAGUUUUGUAGGUGGCAUUGUGCUGACACUUGGAGUCCUAGUUAUUCUCUACAUCGGAUGCAAAACCUACCACUCUAGAAGAGGCAUACAGUACAGAACCAUUGAUGAACAUGAUGCCAUCAUUUAAGGAGACUUCAGGGAAGGAAGUGUUGGAAACCCAUCCUAUCACAGCUGUUCUAACUUCUGAAAGAGUUCCUUUUGUAAAAAUAAUCACAGUCUGUAACCUCUCCUGGGUGUGAUCCUGCAAAAUGUUGAGAACACCCUGAUUAUUUUUUGGCAUUGGCUUUCAUAAGAAGAGGAACUCCAGCACUUUGUAGAGACAGUAUUUUCUUUUACCAGUAUUUGUAACCAAAUUUGAAGAAACACAUAUAUUGUCAUUUUAAGAUAUACAUACAAGUCUCUAAACAGCUAAUUACUAGCACAGUGAAUCACAUCAUUGCAAUUCUAAUCAAGUUCCAUAAUUUCUCACAUAUUGCAUAAAUCCCGUGUGUUCCAUAGUGGAUAUAGUUGGUUAAAUAGGAUACCUUUGAGACCAAGCAUAGGUUUUUGCAAAUAAAAUGGGGGGUUUUCCUAACAUUUUUUAUGAAGUUGUAUUUAUUUUGAAGUUUGAUGUGAACUUCAGUUUAGAAAUUUUGAACAAUUCAGUUAAUUUUUACUAGGCUAUAAAGGGAUGUGGUUUGUUAACUGUAUUAGAAGGUGAUAACAAGUACUUAAACUUGAGUCAUUAGCUUACCAGUGACCUGCAGAGACUUUCCUCAACAGGCUAUACAAUGAGACUAGCUGCAGGAAGUAUGGACAGACUGGAGAUGUUCAUCCACAACCUUUUUCUCUAAAUGAGUCCUUAUAAGAAAAAAGACUGUGCAAUCCAUACUUUUUUUUUUCUAGUAUGUCCUAAUGAAGGAUGUGCAAUUGAAGAUAAAAAAAUGUAAAAAAAGUAAUUGCACCAUCGUAAAUAUGAUGAAAUACAAAAAUUGCUUCUAAAAAUUGGUUUUUAAGUUGAAUGUAGCAAUCAUUUGGCUCUAGGGUUUUAUUAUUAUGAAGCUGUAUGCAGUGUUUUAGCAGCAUUUGACAAGCAUUGAAAGUUACAGAGAAGUGGAAAAUCUGUAAGAUAGCAUUUUAGAACAAUAUAAUCUGGAUUUUACAACUGUUUUCAGAACUUGGUACUGCUGCACACAUGUACAGAGGUCUGGUCAGAAGCCCACUGAAGGCAACAGGGCAUCUCUCAGAAGGCCUCUAGAUUCAGGCCCAAGCACACUGGGAGUCCUGUGCAAGGUAGCUGAUGCUCCUUCCAUCUCACUUCUGCAUUUACCCUGAGGUAAACCUGCUGUCUUCAGUAGACGGGCUCCUGAUUCACACUGGUGUAAGGAAAGCUAGAGCAAGGAUCAAGAAACACAGGUCUGUACCUCCUUACGUCACUGAAUAAUGGUUCAGUCCUGCUCAGGCUCUACUUGUAGACCUCUCUGUGGCGAAGAGGGUUGGUGUAGUGGGACUCAACCAUCCUGGUUACUGCUGCCACUAGUCCAUCAUGCAGGGCAUAGUGGGAGGUGGUGACAGCUGAGGAAGGUCCCGAUGGGAAGUGCAUUAUAGGUGUGUCAGGAGGCUGGGGUACAGCACAUGGGGGGAAAUAAAACUAUAGCUCUGGCAGAGGUUAAUUUUUUUUGUUAAGCAAUAGUUCGUUCUGACAUGCAGUGCUGAAGUGGCCAUAUGGAUGUUUGGGUUUUUUCCUUUUUCAUAUGGAGAAGUAAAACUCUUGUUUCUGAAGCACAGCUGACUCCAGCAAACCAUGGCUAGUGAGCAGUCUUAAUAGCACCAGCCACGCACCUGAGAUGAGGGUAGCAGGGUUGUACUGGUUUAUACUGAGAUUGAGGUACAGGGGGAAGAGUGAUUUGAAGUAGCUUUUGUUGUUUUUCUUAAUUGUGGUGUUUGGAAAACUGUUUUUGACUUGAAGAAUUUGAAAACAAUUCUUCCACAGUACUGCAAUUCCUUACUUUGAGUUGUACUUAAUUGUCUUCAUUUCCACAGUUCUUAGGAUUGUCUGACCUCUGUUGUAUAGAUGAAUAAAUAAAUCUUUGGAGUUACUUUA